UCAUGAUGAGAAAUAACAUAUUUCUCUUUUUAAUGAUUUACCUUCCGAAAACAUGGGCAGCAGUGCCGGGCACGUUCUUUUGGCGACCUCGCCUGGGGCUCGACCUGUCCAUCCCCACUACAGAGGUGAACUUGAGACUUCGCCCCCCAACGAAGGAGUUCAUCCAGGACGGCACGGUGGUGCUGUUCGACGGCUACGAGGUGGGCAUGACGGUGGUGGGGCUCGCGGCCGGCGUGUCGGGGGCGAAGCCCUACCCGCACCUCAACCCACUCUCCGCUUAUUUCUACACGAAUGCUUAUCGAUGGGGCCUCAGACAUCUCAGUCUCCUCCCGUUCUGGAUCGGCGGCAACGGCGGCAGCUACUGCGAUACGCACAAGGUGUGGAAGCGGCGCUUCUACUACAUGGACGAGUUCGUGCCAGAGUGGCUGCGCAAGAUGUUCCCGUACGUGGACAAGAGCGAGUGGAGGAAGGAGGAGAGGGAGUUCCGCCGCUUCAAGAAGUACGCCGAGCCAGCCUUCGGCAAGCACUACCGCUUCCCCUCCAAGGUGUUCAACGACUUCAAGUCGCAGGAGACCAGGGAGACGGACGAACAACUCGACUCGUUUAGUUCUAUAUCGGCAUGAAUAAUAUAUGCGUAUUGCUACACGUUAGGUAUUCGUAUUUAAUUUAGUCAGUAACAAAUUGUAUGCAAAAAAAUAAAUACCAAACCUUGUA